ACAUUUGUUUGAAUCACCCAGAUAUUUGUUGACAUUUUACUUCGUAAACUACUUUACAAACUACCAUACCUACGUACAAAAAGUUUAAUUCGUUUUUCUCCGUAACGGUUUUGUAUGAGAAAUUCAACAUUUUUGUAAGGAACCCAUUGUAGAGCUAGCAAAUUGUUGGCCGACUGGUCGCUAAAAUACACAAAAUACGCCAAAAGGAUAAGCGAAACAAAAUGAGCAAGCCCACCAAAGCUAACUACAGGAAGUUCUUCCUCCGGAACGUCGAAAUCCCUCUGGCCACCAGUAAAGCACAGGUUAUGAAAGCUUCCCAAACCGCCAACACCAAACAGAUUCCUACCGUUGGAGCAAAGCGCUCAUCGCUGAAUGACAAACCAUCCAGUAGCAGCGUAUCGGUAACGAAACCAUCCGGUUCUGCCGGCAACAAAUAUAAGGAACCGGAAUUACACAGCGCUCUCAAUGUCCGCAAAGAGAUCGAAAAGGUUAAAUCCUUGCACACGAAACCACCAACCAGCAUCGGGGAACUAACGCCGAAGAGUAAGAAAUUCGUCCGCGAUCAGGUCACCAAGAAGCUCAACUUCCAACACGAUGAGAAUGUCUUUAAAGGAUUGGUUCCGGUGAAUGUGAACGAUUCGGUACUGAUCCCUACCACCAGGAAACCUUUGAGGAGUUCGUACGUUGCGAAGGAAAAGCGAGACCCGGAGCCGGAAUUGGGCGACUUCCUGCGGCCCAUUGCCAAGUGUAACGUGCCGUUGGAGCCGUACUUGGCACCCCAAAUGGCCCCAAGGCGUCCCAACUUCAACAAUUUUGACCACAUACUGGAAGUGUUCGCCAAAGUCGAUGUAGGAGCUUGAUGGGUUGGAUGUAGGUUACUUCUAGUUUAGGUUAUUGUUAAUGCUUAUUUAUAUGCGCUAUAAUAAUGAAUGUUCAAUGUGUUAUAAGUAAUUAUUUUGUACAGUAGUUCUAAAUUGUUCUUCAACAUGUUUGGAUCUAUCGAUAAUUAAUGAAUAAUAAACAAAAUCAUUUCAGAUAAUUCA